AUGCGGCCGCAGCUGACUUCGCUUGACGCAAACAACGACGGGGAUUGGCGGCAGGGCCUGCCGGGCGACGUCCUCGUGGCGUGCCUGGAGCGCCUGCUGCACGACCCCCAGGCGGUCGCUGCCGCGCGCGGGGCGUGCGCGGCGUGGCGCGCGGCGGCAGACGCGUGCGUGCAGGAGGUCACGCUGAGGUGCUGGCCGCAGCGGCCGCAGGCGGUGGCGCGCUUCACCGGCUUGGCGCGCCUAAACCUCAAGGGGCCCUACAUCCACGGUGGCAGCAGUCAAGCGCGCGCGGACGCGGUCGGGCCGCUGCUCAUGAGUGCCGCGCUGCUGCCUCGACUGAGUUCCCUUGAAAUCUCCUACCCCGGGCCGGGCUCCCUCGAUGAUCUGGACGCGCUGACUCAGCUGACCAGCCUCGCCCUCUGCCGCGGCCACGACGCGGGCGGCGGCGGCCUACCCCCCUCGGCAGCCGCCGCGAUCGCGCCGCCGGCCCAGCUGCCGGGCGCGGCGCAGGGCGGCGAGGAGGCGGGGCCCGCGGCCGCGGCGGGGGCGGCGGCGGGGCUGGACGCGGACGGGCGGCCGCGCGAUUUUGUGCAGCUGCCGGCGGCGGUGGGCGAGCUGCGGCUGCUGCACACGCUUCGGUUGGACAACCUGCCCCCCUGCUACGACGCCCUCCGGCGGCUGCCGGCGCUGCUGCGGCUUGAGAUGCGAGGCCAGACGCUGCGUCUGCGCAACGGGCUACUCAUGGCCGCCAACCCGCUGCCCGGGGUGGGGCAGCUGCGGGGCCUAACAGCGCUGGUGGCGCGCUGCAACUACGGCAUCAACAGGCUGCCCGCUGAGAUCGGGCAGCUGGCGGCCCUGGAGGUGCUGGACGUCUCCAAAAACAUGCUCUGGCAGAUCCCUGACGAGGUCGCGUCGCUGCGCCGCCUGGCGCACCUGGACGUCAGCUCAAACUGCCUCACCGCGCUGCCAGAGUGCCUGCCGCCCAGCCUCACGCACCUGGACGCCUCCAACAACUCGCGCGUGGUCCUUCCCGAGUCCCUCUCGCGCCUGGGCGCGCUGCGCUCCCUCCACCUCAACUGGGUGUGGUCGGACCUGGGCCCCGUAUUCCGCGCGGGCCGGGGGCUGUCGCGGCUGGAGCUGCUGCGCGCGAUUGGCAACGGCAUCACAGAGCUGCCAGACACCAUCCGCGAGGUGCUGGAGCUGUCCAUGAAUAACCUCUCCUCCCUGCCGCCCGCUGUCGGCGCCCUCGCGUCCCUCGCCACCCUCGACCUGUCUGACAACCGCCUGGCGUCCCUGCCAGACGACCUGGGGGCGCUCGCUUCACUGCAGUCCCUGGGGCUGCGCAGCAACAGCCUGGGGGAGCUGUGCGAGGGGGUGGGGGCGCUGGGGGCGCUGACGUCACUGGACGUGUCCAUGAACCACCUGGAGGCGCUGCCGUGGAGCGUCACCCGGAUGACGGCGCUGCAGCAGCUGGCCGUCUCCAUGAACCCCCUGGCGUCGCUGCCGCCCGGCCUCUCGGCCCUCACGCGCCUGCGUGUCCUCGAAAUGUACUACGUCCGCCUGCCGACCAGCGCGCCCGCCGCGGACGCCGGCGCCGGCGCCGGCGCCGCGGGCUCAGCGUGCGGCGCCGACCAAGGGUGCGCUGCGGCGGCGGCCGGGCACCGGCUCCAGGAUCUGAUCCCGGGCCUCUUCGUCUUCUGCAACGCCCCCGCGCCACCUGCGCCCGGCUGCGCGGCGCGGGCGGCGGCGGAGCUGCCGAUGGGGCCGGAGGGCCCUGACCCCGGUGAUCUGAUCGGCGGCGACGAGAGCCACAAUGGCGGCAGCGGCGGCACGGAGGUCGGGGGUGCUGAUCACGGCGUUGAUGCUGCUGCUCACGCGCUCUACGCUGACGCAGCGCCCCCGCAGCGGGAUGUGGCGGCGGCCUCCCCCGCGGGCGGGCCCUCCAUGAGAAGCUGCCUGGCAGCUGGCGGGUGCCCUGGCGGCGCCAUGUCGUCUAGCAUGGGCAGCAGCCUAGGCGCGAGCACCAGCAGCGGCAGCAGCGACGCCGCGGGGGCCUCCGGCGGCGGGCCCGCGGCGACGGGCGCGUGGGAGGGGGCAGAGGGAUCCGGGGCCGACACGGAAGAUCUGGAGUCGCUGCUGUUUGAGAUGGGGCUGGCUGAGCAGGUGGACCGGGCAUCUGCGUCGGCGGGCGCGGCGGCUGCGUCGUCCGGGCGGCCGCCGGCCGCAGGGGCCCCUGCCCCAAAGCGCGGCGGCAUGGCGGCACGUGGCGGCGCGGGGGCUGCAAGCAGUGAUGGGGACGACGUCGCGGCGGCGGUGGACCAAGGGGCACCGUCGGGUCACGCGGAGUACGCGCGCCCCGCCAGGCGCUGCACGUGGUACGAGUGA